AUGGAGUGUGUAUGGAACUGCCAAAGAGCCAUUCUGAACUGGUUCUACAGAUACGGCUUUUUCCUGGCCAAACACCCUUUUUGGUUUCUGAUCAUCCCAAUUGUGAUAUGUGUUGCCCUGGCUGGGGGCUUCGCGUUUUUAGACCACAAUGAAGACAUAGAAUACCUCUAUGCACCGAGUACUUCCAGAUCAAUCGAUGAGCGGGAAGUUGUCAAAAAGACCUUCCCGGAUUUGUCUGAUGACAAUUUCAGCCCAUUUAGUCUGAAUACGCAAAUACCACAAUCACAAAUCAUCUUUAGAAGCAAGCAGGAAGGUUCCAUCUUAACGGAGGAGGUGAUGAAUGAAUUGACCCCUUUCUACCGCACACUAAUCACGAUGAGUGUCAUGUCAGAUGGACAGAACAUUUCUUUUGCCGAUAUCUGCAAGAAACAAAGAGACCAGUGUGUAAUAUAUGGUGGUUUCGUCUUUGAUGAGCAUUUCCUAGAUAAGGUGAAAGCCGGAAGUGUCACCUUUCCCACCUGGACAGAGCAGCCUGAUGCCGACCUGGCCAUCAUCUUCGCUAGAGUGAAUGUCAGUCUCUCCAACAAGCUCUUAUCAGCAGGCUCGCUUAGGAUGACAUUUCCUAUGAGAUCGGCUAAUAAAGAUUGGGAAUCAGCAUUUGUUAGCCUUAUUCAGGAAACCCAGUUUACAACUGCUGAUAUUGUUUACGCCAAGUCUGGGUCUAUGGCUGAAGAACUGGACAAGGGAACCAAGGGAGACAUUCUGUUCUUCUCGCUGACCUUUACACUGAUGAUCACUUAUGCAUCUAUCGUCAGUUCCGGUGGUGACUGCGUGACUUCGCGAAUGCUACUGGCAAAUGCUGGUGUGUUGGCGGUCGGCUUUGGAAUUAUAGGCUCCAUUGGCUUGGUACUGUUCUGCAAAGUGCAGUUUGUCAGUAUCGUGGGCACAAUGCCUUUUCUAACUUUAGGUAUAGGAGUGGACGACAUGUUUCUGCUGAUGAGCAGCUGGAGCGAGACUCUGUCAAUGACUGACCUAACGAUCCCAGAACGAAUGGGGACAGUCUACAGGAAGGCAGGCAUUGGUAUCACUAUCACUUCAGUGACAGAUUUCCUGGCGUUUGCAAUUGGCGCUUCCAGCAGAUUUAGAAGUGUUCGGAAUUUUUGUAUUUUUACAGGUGUUGCAGUCCUCCUGUGCUACAUCUGUAACGCUUGUGUGUUCGGCGCCUGCCUGACGCUCCAUGCACGCCGUGUGUAUGCCAGCAGACAUUCCAUCGUCUGUCGGAAGGUCAAGUCGAGGAAGCAACUGAAAGCGGAAGGAGCCUCUUGCUGUAGAAUAUGUAUGUGUGGAGGUGAGGUACCAGAAACUGCCGGUGCUGACCAGAGUGUGUGCGAGUGGGGCCCAAGAAAACUACUAGUAAGAUUUUUGUUGUGGAAUCCGGUGAGAUACUUCAUCCUGCUGUUCUUCGCCGCAUACCUGGGAGUUGCCAUCUGGGGCUGCACCCGGCUGGAGCAAGGCUUGGAGCUCAAGAAUCUGGCACCUGAGUCAUCCUACUUCUACAAAUUCCAGUCUUGGAACGAUGAAGACUUUGGCUACAAGCUGCCCAUCAGUUUUGUGACAACCAAAGAAAAAGACUACACGAAGAAUGAAACACUGCAGGAAAUAAAGCAACUGUUACAGACGGCACAGAAAGAUUCUUUGAUCGUACCAAACAUGAGCAUCUGUUGGUUGACGAGCCUGGCAGACACAAACUUCUACAACACGACCAGCACUGACGCUUUUUUCUCCGGUUUAAAUGAUUUUCUUCAGAUAGUCCCAAUCUUCAAAAACGACAUAGUCUUUGAAGGAAAUCACACAAUCACAGCAUCUCGAUGCCAUGUGUAUUCCCAGAAGGUCUCAUCUUCCAACGAUCAAGCCAAUGUGUUGACUCGCAUGCGCCAACUUGCCGAUGACUCGCCUGCUGGAGUAUUUGCAUUCAAUCCCAACUUUGUCAUCUUCGAACAGUACCUAGUGAUCAUACACGACACACUUCAGACAGUCGGCGUCACCAUUGCAGUUAUGUUUGUGGCGACGUGCAUCUUUUUGCCGCACCCUUUGAUGGUCAUCCUGGUGAUCGUGCAAGUGUUUAUGAUCGUGGUGGGCAUCUUUGGCUUCAUGGCUCACUGGGGUCUCACACUGAGUUCCAUAACCAUGAUUGAGCUUAUCAUGAGUGUUGGAUUCUCUGUGGAUUUCUGUGCUCACGUCUGUACGGCCUAUAUGGUAUCAGAGGAACAUUCCAAAGAGGACCGUGCAAAAGACGCCAUUAUCCACGCUUCGAGCCCGAUCUUCAAUGGCGGCUUGUCCUCGCUCAUCGGUGUCUUUAUGCUGAUAUUCAGUGCUUCUUACAUUUUCCAAGCCUUCUUCAAGAUCAUGCUUCUGGUCAUCGGCUUUGGUGUCCUCCAUGCUGUCUUCCUUGUCCCCGUUAUUUUGUCCUUUAUAGGUCCUAGCGCCCACGUAAGACUGGACAAGGUCAGCCCUCGUGAUCUAAAAGAUUCAAAACAUCAAAAUGGUUCCGCUGCUUCUCCUUCUUCUGAUACAGGGAGUGAAACAGACAAAGCAGACACUAAUGAUAUCAAUCUGCCUUCAUCAAAGUUUAAAGACGACAACUGGAGUGUGCAUUUACAUCAGAAUGAAAGUAAUGGAAUUCCAGAAAAAGAAGGAAGGGGGAAUAGCGGACUUAUUUCAGAAACUGAGUCCAAAAAUGCGAAACCAGUCACAAAUGGAGGUCACGUGACGUUGAUCACAGUUCAAUCUCCCAAAGGUCAUCAGUAUGACAACCGGGGGUUUACUGACGACUUGACAGUGCAAACGGCGCAUCUAUAA